AUGGAUUUGGACGACGCUUCCGAGACGUCGGCCGACUGGGCGACCAGCUAUGCUUUGCAUAGCCGAAGCAGCUUGCAAAGCGCUGAAAAGGCAUGGAUGUAUAUCGAGCUUGCAUGGAAGCACGGUGCCGGAGUCCGGCGUAUCUCGAAGCAUGUUUUCAAGCAAGACUUUUCUUCCCUCUCAAGGAGCGACAUGGAGCUCUACUGCGAACAGUGCUGUGAGCUAAUGCUACGGGAACCACGGCAAGACACGGCUGAACGCCUUCUGCAAGCUGCCGAGCGUUGGCAAGGUUGUCUGAGGUCAUCAUGCCCAAUCAUGCACGAGGAAGAAGUAAAUGAUGGACACCACGAUUUUUCAGACCGCGAGGUUCAGCUAUUAAAGGAGGCACUGAAGAUAUAUUACGGCCAAGGCAGUAUGCUCUGUGCAGAGGUUGACUCGAUGAAUGAAGGGGCUCUGCAGGAGAGGAUUAUAUCCGAGUGGAAGAGGGCUGCUGGCCCUCGCUGCUAUUUUCCACCUCGGCGUCGUUUCGCCGACGAGGGUGCCUUCCGGGUGGUCUGCCAAGAACUUGGCUUUGUGGAUGGGCCUUCUCUACAGCUGACUUCCUAUGCAUAUUCCAUUGUUCCCGGCGCUUCCCUUUCAGGGCUCUUCGAUCGCUGCCAGGUCCUGGAAUCCCUCUGUUGCGACGAGGCAGCAGUCUGCAUCGGCAAAGUUGUGAUUCUUGCCAGCACUCGUGCAGCGGAUGCGGUCGUUGACUCGCAUGAGAAGGUUGAGGGAUGCCCUUGCAUCUCAUGUGUGGAUUUCACGACAGAAUCUGCCUUGGCAGAAGAACUACUUGAACAGCUACGGUACCGACAUCACAUGGGCCCUCCAUGCCUGGAGCAAUCGUGGCGUGCAGCGGAAGUGGUAACGACACAAAAUCCCAAAGCCGGCUUUAGUGAGACCUUCAGCGCAUGGUUAUCCACCGUCCCGGAUCCAGGCAGCAUCCUCCUGAUUUGCAAUCAACCAUACAUCCCACGCUAUGGUGUGCAGGCGAGAAAGCACAUGAAGGGUACAGCGUUUGAGGACCAACAGCUCGACGUGGUUGGACGCAAGAUGGGGGAGAUGUACUUCAACGACAGAAGUGAAUGGCUGCCCGAUGCCAUUGCACACUGGGCAUCCAGGCCGUCGGGCAGCGGCGGAGGCCGGAAGCUGUCUCACAGCGAGGGCAAGCAGAAGGCCCUUCGAGAGGACCGCAUCAGUCAGAGAUUGGCUCGCCUGUUGAGGCGAUGGGACCACGCGCAUCAGAAACUCCGGCGCUUCGAAUCCCGGGAUCGCAAGGCUGCGGCGAGGCUGGCGGCACGUCGCAAGCGGAAGCAGGCCGCUGCCAGCCGCGCGGAGGAACGGAAGCGUCGAGUGCAGCAGGCCCAAAAGCGGUCAGCUGAGAAAAGCGACGCCAAGCGCAAGAAAGCGGAGCACAGCUGCCGGUGGAAGUGGCUCAACCGGAAG